AUGCGCCAAAAGAACUGGGGACUUGUUUACACUGACAUCUCGAAUCUCGCGCUGCGUCGUUGUUCGUUGGCUACCAUUCGGAAGCAUCUCAAGCAACAAGACUUUCCUGUCAGCGAUCGAUCACUUCGAACGAAGUUGAAGCAAUGGCAGCUCAGGCAGUGUGACAUUGACGCGGCGCUCGAGACAUCAAGACCAUCCACGACCUUACUAGUGUCGCAAGAUGUCCGCAGAAUCACCGAUAUCACGCAACUUCAUACAGAGUUUCGCGUUGGGCCAAAUGACACGGACCCAUCCGAGUGCCCAUCUUUUGAUCAAGGGCAAGCGCCUUCGGAUCAGUGCGCUAGGUCCGCAGGCCUUUCACUACCGCGGAGCGGAUCGCACCACGUUCAGGCUGUUGACGAGAUCGAUUAUACGGAUCUUCGAGCUAUUUACCACAUCCUCAUGGACUCUGUCUUUUCGGGGCAGUCAGUUGACUACUCCUUUGUACUCCGGGGCUGCGAAUUUGAAAAUGGCUCCGAGAGCCUGCUUCACUAUGCAAUCAAACAGGCCAAUUGGGCUACCAAGCAUCAGCUUGAAGUGGUCCGCAGGAUCAGUCAGUUUGUUGUAGAGAGUGGUUAUGAGCUCAAUCACACAGAUGCUCAGGGCAGGACUGUGGUGGAACUGGCGAUUGCGUCGAGAAGCAUUCCAUUACUGGAGACAGUUUUGGGAAGUGGCGUUUCUGUCAAUCACGCAAAUUCUGAGGGCGACUAUCCGUUGCACACCGCGAUACGGACUCGUGCUCUGCCGGCCAUCUACAAGUACUUGCUGCGUCAGGGAGCUGAUGCAAACGCCUGUGCAAGUACUGGCAAGAGAGAUCCGGUUGCCACCCUCACAAUGCCUCUCGGCCUCGUCAUGAUGCAACUAGCUGCUGCGAAUCCCAACUAUGACGGAGACACGACUGCAUGGUUCAGAAUCGCGGGCUAUCUCAUUGAGCACGGCGCUAUUUGUACGCCUCGCGAGAUGGAUCGUUUACUCUUCCACUUUGCUCAAGCCUGGCAUCGAAACGGAGGCAGCGCAAAUUUGUGGGAAGAUGCCCUUCUCCUGCUUUCUGCACUGAUAAAAAGGGGUCUGAGCCCUACAGCAGCGUUGAGUGACCUCGGUCUCCCCAAAUGCGAUUGUCAGUCUCUGGCACACCUGGCAUUCUUUCACUCUCGCAGUGAAGCCUUUGGCAGAUGGCUGAUCGAAGCGAGUCGUUUACAGGAGUAUGGGACACCUCUCGCCCAAUGUCUUCUGUACGGCUGUGGAGAUAACUUCAUGCCACGACCCAACGUGAGCAACCUGCUGAGAGUUCUCAUGAAGAGGGACUCCAAUGUGGCAAACGACUUCAAUCCAAUCGAAUACGUAUUACGCCAAGAGAAUCACCACAGCUGGGAGCAGAAAGCUGCCGUGGUCAGUACACUUCUAUCCCUUAAAGCCGAACAAUAUAUUUUCGAAUCCCACGACCGCCAACGGCACGCUGCCAUCUUAGAGGCUGUUGCAGCUUGCCCUUUCACGCCGAUAAAGUGCAAACUUGCACAGGAACUGUUGCAACAGCGGAUCAGCAGUCAAGUCAGUGGUGGUAGACCCGAAGACCUCUUCCAACAUCCAGCCAACCGACCAUUCAGCACAUACUUUGCUGAGAUGGUGGGCCAGAUAGACAACUUGAUCUCCCACCAAAAAGGCUCAGACAGGAUGCUGAAAGCGCUCCACCAAACCUUGGACUACGACGGUCGCCAUCAGAAGGUCAUAAUUGGCUGCUUCGUGCAUUUCCUCACGGCCUCGAAGAUCCAAGCCGCCGAGAGCGGCAACUUCAUGUCGAAGCCAAGGUUGUACUACCUCCUCGAGCUGAGGAGGGAGUUCGAACUGCCAGAUGUACCCCUUCCCAAUAUGAUGAUACUCAACAUGCUGAAAGGAGUACCUGAAGCCUAUGUCAAGUUGAAAGAACUGGAAAAGUUUUUCGCUCAUGGAGAUAUUGAUGCUAUCGUUUGA